AUGCCGCAAGACGAAGUCGGGCUAGAGAUCAUCGCAAAGCAAGGUGAGAAGAAGAAAGAGAUGAGUCGGCAAUCAAGCAAGAUGCAGUACAUUAAGAAACAGCUCGACAAGUUUGGGUGGUGGGGCGAGGAAGAGGAAAAGGCUGACGAGGACAAUUCCAUGGGUGUUAGUCUGGCUCGUAACGCUGUUCGGGUGACUGGGCCGGACAAAUUGAACCAGGCGAAGGCGCUAGCAACCAUCGAUUAG